AAGAAGCUUGGCUCCCUGAACCCACCAUGGAGAGCCCACGCCAGAGCGCAGACGGAUCUUAUGUGAAGAAAGGAGAACGUUUCCCAAAGGAGCCUGUCAAUUUUGCAUGUUAAAACACCUGGAGCACUUUAAAAAAAAAAAAAAAAAAAAAAAAAAAACACCUCAGCGCCCAGACGUUACCUCAUACCCCUGAAAUCAGAAUCCCGGGGAGCAGUGUGCAACAUUAACUAGUGGAGUUGCAGAGAAGAUACACGAUCGCUGCUCGCAGAAAAAAAGAAACAUGUAUAGAGAUUGUCUUUAUUUGCUUUUGAGGCAGGGUCCCAUGGAACCUAGGCUGCUCUCUAAUUUGCGGUGUAGCCGAAGAUGACCUAGAACUUACGAACCUGCCUCCACCUCACUAGUGCUUCGGCUACAGAUAAGCGCCAUUAUGCCUGACUUUUGCAAUGUUGGGAUGAAAACAGGACCACAUGCUUAGGCAAGCACUCUAUCAACUGCCCCAGUGCUGCAACAUGUUUUACUGCACUUCUUUAUUAUAGCCCUACACAUGCACAAUAAAUAAAUGCUGAAGGUUGAAUCCAGGGUCUCAUGCAAACCCUCCACAACUGAACUACACAGACAUGGAGCAGACAGAAGGGAACUCCUCUGAGGAUGGGACCACUGUCUCCCCAACUGCAGGGAAUCUUGAGACACCAGGAAGUCAAGGCAUUGCAGAGGAGGUGGCCGAAGGCACAGUUGGGACAAGUGACAAAGAAGGGCCUUCAGAUUGGGCAGAACAUUUGUGUAAAGCAGCAUCUAAGAGUGGCGAAUCAGGGGGGUCCCCAGGGGAAGCAAGUAUAUUAGAUGAGCUCAAGACAGACUUGCAAGGGGAAGCCAGAGGGAAGGACGAAGCCCAGGGUGACCUUGCUGAGGAGAAGGUUGGGAAGGAAGACACCACAGCGGCUUCUCAGGAAGACACUGGUAAGAAAGAAGAAACAAAACCUGAACCCAAUGAAGUUAGGGAGAAAGAGGAGGCCAUGCUGGCCUCGGAGAAGCAGAAGGUUGAUGAGAAAGAGACCAAUCUAGAAUCUAAGGAGAAAUCGGAUGUGAAUGACAAAGCCAAGCCUGAACCCAAGGAGGAUGCUGGAGCAGAGGUUACUGUCAACGAGGCUGAGACUGAGUCUCAGGAGGAGGCUGAUGUGAAGGACCAGGCCAAGCCCGAGCUUCCAGAAGUUGAUGGGAAAGAGACCGGAAGUGACACAAAGGAGUUGGUGGAGCCAGAGAGUCCCACUGAAGAGCAAGAGCAGGGUAAGGAAAAUGAAUCAGAAGAAAGGGCUGCAGUGAUUCCCAGCUCCCCCGAGGAGUGGCCCGAAAGCCCCACAGAUGAGGGGCCCAGCCUCAGCCCAGAUGGAUUGGCUCCAGAGUCUACAGGAGAGACCAGUCCUUCAGCCAGUGAAUCUUCGCCCAGUGAGGUGCCAGGGAGUCCCACAGAGCCUCAACCCUCAGAGAAAAAGAAGGAUCGAGCACCAGAACGCAGAGUGUCGGCACCCAGCCGGCCCCGGGGGCCCCGUGCACAGAAUCGGAAGGCCAUCAUGGACAAAUUUGGCGGGGCAGCCUCUGGCCCCACUGCACUGUUCCGGAACACAAAGGCAGCCGGGGCAGCCAUCGGUGGUGUCAAGAACAUGCUUUUGGAGUGGUGCCGGGCCAUGACGAGAAACUACGAGCACGUGGAUAUCCAAAACUUCUCCUCCAGCUGGAGCAGCGGCAUGGCCUUCUGUGCCCUCAUCCACAAGUUUUUUCCAGAAGCCUUUGACUAUGCAGAGCUGGACCCAGCAAAGCGCCGGCACAACUUCACCCUAGCUUUCUCGACUGCAGAGAAACUAGCCGACUGUGCCCAGCUGCUGGAGGUGGAUGACAUGGUGCGGCUGGCAGUGCCCGAUUCCAAGUGUGUCUACACCUACAUCCAGGAGCUAUACCGUAGCCUUGUGCAGAAAGGGCUGGUGAAGACGAAAAAGAAAUGAAUGGCAAAGCCAUGCGGGAGGAGGAAGCGGAGCCCAGCUGCCAACCGUGGCCUCGGGGUGCUUUCGCACCACCAGACAUAAAGCAGGUGACACCAGUAUCAACCGCACCGAAAGUGCUUUUUCAAAAUUCCUCUCAUUCCUUGCUGCUCCCCGCACCCCAACCAGCCACACGUAUGUUACAGGCGGUGGGCCAAAAAUAAAAAGAAACCUGCAUUUGGAGCCAUGUGUGGCAGUUUGCCAGGUCU